CACAAAAAUGACACUUGGGCAAACCAUAAAACACAAAUCAGGAGCAAGAGAAACGACAGCAGCUUCUGGACUUCAAAGGAACAGGACUGGGCACAAUGAUUUGGGUGCUGUGUCUUCUUCUCUCCCUGAAGGGGGCACUGGCUCAGAGUGACAAGAAACCAAACUUUGGCCUUUUUGUUCCACCUGACCUCUACUAUCCAUCCGAGGAGACAUUUUGUAUGCAUACUUCUAAUGACCUUAAAGGCCACUCCAAAAUAAAUGUGAAUCUGGAAACUUCGGCAGGAACCAGAACUCUGUACACGGUGCAGCCAAACAUGCCACCCUGGCACUGCCAGUCCUUCCAGGUUCCUGAGCCCUCUGCGGACACGGAAAAGGUUCAUAUUGAGGUCCAGGGGAUGGAUGCUGGAGGGGACAAGAUUCAGUUUGCCAGCAAACCUCUGACUUUGCGCAAGAAAAGCAUUGGAACGUUCGUCCAGACAGAUAAAUAUAUGUAUAAACCAGGACAAACAGUAAACAUCAGACUGGCAUCAAUAAAUCAGGACAUGGAAGUUCAGAAUAAAAAUUUUUCACUUGUUGAGUUCCAGGAUCCACAGGGGAACCUUCUUGCCCAGUGGAGAGAUGUUCCGCCUAAGAACGGCAUAGCAGAGAUGUCAUUUCAGUUGGCCGAGGAACCUAAAAUGGGGAAAUACAAAAUAAAGGCUAAUAAUGUUUUAAAGGAGAUUGAAGUGCAAGAAUACGUGCUCCCAAAGUUUGAGGUUGAGGUGGAAGCUCCAAACAGUGUUUCAAUCCAGGAUAUCAUUGUCGAAAUAAAGAUAAGUGCAAAGUACACAUAUGGAGAGAAGGUCCCGGGAAAUGUAAAUCUCAAAGUGUGCCAGAAGAAACAACCACGAUACUGGUGGUGGUGGCGGUCUCAAGAAGAGGAGGAACCAGUUACAAAAGAUCUGUGCCAUGAGGAGAAAGCCAAGACUGACCAGACUGGAAAGAUGCAAUAUUCUCUGGAUCUGGGGAAAUUCAAUCUGCGGAGCUCAGACUACAACAGAGAACUGAUCAUGGAUAUCAGUAUGGAGGAAGAGGGGACAGGAGUGACUCAAACUGCAUCAAAAACCAUUAAGCUCGAGUCUCAGCUCACCAAAGUGUUAUUUGAGGACACAAAAUCGUAUUUCAUGCCAGGAGUGCCGUACAAGGGAAAGCUGUCACUGACGUCUUUUGAUGGCCAACCCCUCGCCUCAAAGAAAGUUCAAAUCAAAGCUAGUUACAACGGAGAAGAGAAUACGGAGACUUUUGUUACGGACUCCAAUGGCAAAGUUCCAUUCGAACUGUCUACAGAAAAAUGGGGCAAAAAUUCUGUGAAUCUAUAUGCCACCACUGACCAAACAAAAGAGCCCUAUUCGAGGAGCAAAGUGUCUGUCACCUACGGCACUGCCAGCCUAUAUCUGAAGGACCUCUAUGUGGAGACCAAGAGCUACCUGUAUAUACGACCAGUUAAAAGUUCGGCACCAUGUCACCAGAAUGUGGCUGUGACAGUGGACUAUUGCUUGGCAGAGGAGGAGGACGAUGGGAGUAUUGAAUUUUUCUAUUUGGUUACGUUGGAGGGUAAAAUAGUACAACAAGGUCAGAAGAAAGUUGAAAGGUCAAAGGGUGACGCUCGCUCUGGCUCGAUAGAACUCUCCCUCCCUAUCAGAGAUAUAUCUCCAUCUGGAAAUAUACUGGUUUUCAUGGUUUCUGACUCUGGCACAGUCGCUGCUGACACUAGAACCGCCCAAGUGACGCCAUGCCUAAAACAUGCUGUCACCUUGAAGUUCUCUGAGACAAAAGUGUUGCCCAAAUCAAAUGUUAACAUGCAACUCCAAGCCGAUGGUGGUUCUUAUUGUGCAUUGCGUUCUGUCGACAAAAGUGUGGUCCUGAUGAAACCAGAGGAUGAGCUAACCGAGAGCAAGUUUCAGAAACUUGUCAUUCCCGAGCGCACUUACAUACGGUCAGACUCGUUGGAUUACAGUUUAUGUAGCAAACCGCAGCCAUGGGAAGAUGACUGGGAAGACAAUUUUGGUAGGAGCCCCUGGUGGUGGCAUUCUUACCCUGAGAAGAAAAAGGACAUUCAGAACAUCAUUCAGGAUAUAAAUCUGUAUCUGCUGAGUACCUGGAAGAUUUCUGCUCCAAUCACCUGCAAAACACAAACAGGUAUACUGCCGAUGGCAAAGUCACCCCCAAUUCUGGGAUCGGCUGUUGGUUCAUUAUUUGGAGCACCUGGAGCCUCCCCAGCACUAGCAGCACCUGGUGUCAUGAACAUUGUUAACUACGAUGAUCCGGCAGAAAUUGAAGAGAGCGAUGUGGAUUCUGUUAAUAAACCUCGAGAUUACUUUCCUGAAACGUGGCUUUGGAAAAUUCAUCUAAUUCCUUCUUCUGGGUCCUCUGAAAUUCCAGUCACCGUACCGGACACCAUCACUGAGUGGAGCGCCCAGAUGUUCUGUGUCGGUAAUCGUGGUUUGGGUCUGUCUGCUCCGGAAUCUCUCACCGUCUUCAUGCCAUUCUUUAAUGAACUCCAACUGCCCUUCUCUAUAAUACGUGGUGAGAAACUGCAGGUCAAUGCUUCGCUGUUCAACUACAUGAGCGAGGAAAUGAUGAUUCAGUCAACAUUAGCUGAAUCUGACGAUUACGUUAUGGACAGCCCCAAAGACCACACGGUCUGUGUGGGUGGAGGACAGAAGAAAAUGGUCUCAUGGCAAAUAAUACUACAAUCAUUAGGCGAGGUCAAUAUAUCGGUCACCUCCCAGGCUGUGAAUGGUCAGUGUGGAGCAAAGAGCGCGGUGAUACCAGACAAGGGCAGCAGAGACACCGUUAUCCAAAAUUUACUGGUGAAGCCCGAAGGGACCUUGGUGGAGCAGACUCACAACUCCAUGCUGAUCGUUAAAGAAGGAAGCAUUGUACCAGAGAAAAUCAAUCUUGAGCUGCCCAAUUCUUACGUUGUGGGUUCUGAGAGAGGAUAUAUCAGCUUUACAGGUGACAUCAUGGGUUCGGCACUGAACAACCUGGAAAAGCUCCUGGCCAUGUCGUCUGGUUGUGGUGAACAGAACAUGCUAAAUUUCUGUCCCAAUAUCUACGUUCUCCAGUAUCUGAAGUCUUCCAAUCAGCUGACUGAUUCCAUCCUGGAGAAGGGGAAGAAGUUUUUGGAAGCAGGACUACAACGUCAGCUGAAUUACAGGCGCGCAGAUGGCUCUUACAGUGCCUUUGGCGUAAGUGAUAAAGAGGGCAGCACAUGGCUCACAGCUUUUGUUAUAAAGAGUUAUUCGCAGGCUCGGGAAUUUAUUUUCGUCGAUGACAAACACAUAAAAGAAGGUAUGAGUUUUCUGGCGAAGCAACAAAAAGACGAUGGCUGCUUCAAGGCCACGGGACGACUGCUGAAUAACGGCAUGAAGGGUGGCGUGGAUGAUGAGGUCUCACUCACGGCGUAUGUUACAGUGGCCUUGUUGGAAUCUGGACUAGAUAUCAUUGAUCCCAUGGUGACGAAAGCUAUGCAGUGCUUAAAGAAUGAGCCUACAGAAAAAAACACUCCAUACAAAACAGCCCUUAAGGCCUACGCCUACACGAUGGCCAACUACUCGGAAGAACAUUCCAACAUCAUGCAGCUCCUGGAUGGAAUAGCGAAAAAAGGAGAUGGUAUGAUGUAUUGGAGUCAGGAGGAUAAGGUUAAAAAAGAAUCAUACUGGUGCAAACCCAAAUCUGUAGAUGUGGAGAUAACGGCAUACGCCCUUCUUACCUUUGCUUCCCAUCCGAAUCCCUCCAUCGGGGACAUGGUGCCCAUCACUCGCUGGAUGUGCAAACAGCAAAACGGAAAUGGAGGUUUCAGUUCUACACAGGAUACUGUUAUGGGUCUUUAUAGUUUGUCGAGAUUUGCUGCUCUAACCUCGGGAAAGUCGGGAGAAGUAGUGCUUGACGUGACAUCAGAAAAAGGAUUCCAGCACACGAUUCGUAUCAAUAAUGAUAACAAACUCCUGCUGCAGAUGUUAACCCUGCCAGAGGUGCCCGGAGAAUACUUGGUGACGGCAUCAGGAGUUGGUACCGCCUUCAUGCAGGUUGUCCAGCGUUACCAUGCCCCUCCGGAAGUUAAAGAAGCUGCAUUUUCCUUGUCAGUACAGCCUCAGUGUAUGGAAGGUGGAAAAAUGGCGAUCCUAUUGGAAUUCUGGUAUAAGGGAAGUCGAACCAAUAGCAACAUGGUACUUAUGGAGAUCAAGUUGUUGUCUGGCUAUGUCUCCAUUCCAGAGUCCAUAGAAGAGGUAAAGAGAGACUCGGAUGUGCAGCGGGUGGAAAUCAAGGACGAUUUGAUUACUAUCUAUUGGGAAAAGGUCACAUCAGACCAUAAGACUGUGGAGAUCUUAUUUAAGCGCUCGGUCCAGGUUACCGGUUUGAAACCCGCCUAUGUUAAGCUCUUGGAUUACUACAUGCCUGAGGAGAUGAACACAGUGUGCUACCUGGCUGAGUGCUAGAGAGAGAUGACAAAAUGAACAUUCCUUCCAUCAUGUGAUUCCUGCAGAUCAUCACAACAUCCUGCAGAGCAUUCAAUGUUGGAUUGUGCACAUGUAUUCAUUACAUGUUGUUAUCACCCUGUCUCCUGAUUGUGUUUCUCAUUGAAUAAAAUUCAUAUAGCUAUAA